AUGACCUCAGGCUAUCCAUAUUCACCCCAUUACAACAACGACAACAAUAGAAAUCCAAAUUCGGCAUCGACCGCCAACGCAAACUCAAACAACCGUUCACUAUGGAACAACGAAUCUUUGGCUGGUAGAGGAGAGGACAUUGAAUCUCUAACUUUACCUCCAAUCAGUCGGCCAAAUCCCGAGAACAGAUUGGAGCUACCUGCAAUAUCAUCAUCACCACUUUUUGUAUCAGAUUCCCAUACAGGACAAUCACAGCCAGAACAAUCCUCUCACCGUCUCGAUUCAAGGAGCAAUGCAUCGGCAAUGAUACUUGGAGCCGUAUCCGCCUCUACAACAACCACUAAUUCAAAUUCAAGACCUGGUGAAAACCGCACAAAACGCUCUCGGAGCUCAUCUCCCCCCGAUCUUUUUUCUUUUGAUCCUUUUGACGAAACCGUCCGGUAUCGAUCACCACCUCCACCACCAUCAAAUCAAGUGGGUCGACAAAAUUCACGACCAUCCUCACAACCAGGAAGAGGGUCUUCCUUUUAUGACGACGACGCCGAGGCUUUAGCAAAUUUCGACUGGGACACUUUUCUUUCACAAGACAACGAAAACGACGAAGAGAUUGACGAUCCAUUUGCAUCGCCACCACAAAUACCCAGUCGAGUUUCCGAUAGUUACGGUGUAGUUGAUCUUACUGAAUCAUCACCAGCUAUGGUUCCCCCGCCAGAAAGACGCAGAGCUCUUAGCGGCACCAGUUUACGCCCAGCUACACUCACCAGACCGAAAUCCCCACAACGACGAAAGCCAAGUCUCUCAAAGUCUACAUCUGCAAAAACGUCGCAAGCUUUUCACCAUCAGAAACAAAACCCGAGGAAGAUAUCGAAGUGGUUGAUCUCUGCGAGAAUUUCAAAUCUACAAGAAUAUGAAGCCGCGAAGGCGAAAAGACAAGAAGACUUGAUCAAACAACAAACCAAGAUGAAGCAAACAAAACCGGGUCCAAAUUGGUAG